AUGAAGACUCUGAUUCUCCUCUCCAUCUGUGCCCUUCUGUCCGUGUGCUGGUCCAUGGGAGCUGUUGAGCCAGAGGUUGUCGUGGACCCCGCCGCUGCACCCGCCGACCUCGCUGACCUCGCUGACCCCGCUGACAGCGCUGACACCGCUGACCCCGCCGACCUCGCUGACCCUGCUGACACCGCUGAUCCCGCUGACCCUGCCGCCGACGCCCCCGAUUCAUCCUCCGAAUCCAACUCUUCCUCAGACUCUUCCGCAUCUGACUCCAACUCCAGCUCCGACUCGUCUUCCUCCUCCUCGUCCUCCUCCUCCUCAGAAUCUUCCGAAUCGUCUUCCUCUGAGUCCUCCUCCUCUGAGUCCAACUCCUCAGCAUCCGACUCCUCCGACUCCUCCGUCUCCGAUUCUUCCUCCUCUUCUUCAUCCUCCUCUUCUUCAUCCGAGUCAGCCAGCGAAGAGGCGUCUCCGGUGGUCAUGAAGAGAGACCUGGCUGCUGUUCUCCUGAGGAGGAGAAGAGCUGCCCCAGCAGGAUACCUCACCCCCUUGCAGCUGGAAAGCCUGAGUGAGGCGUGUGAGCUGGUCAUUGGCUGCGACGAGAUGGCCGAGACCGCAGGCAUCGUCGCCGCAUAUGUGGCCUACUACGGACCCGUCCCCUUCUAA